AUGAAGAAGAAUGACGCAUUUGUUCAAAUUCUAAUUGUCGGUUUUAUCUCGUUCUGUUGCCCAGGCAUAUUUAACGCCAUGCAAGGUCUCGGUGGAGCUGGCGGCAAGAACCCAGAUGCAGGUAAUGCGGCCAAUACGGCGCUGUAUGCUACGUUUGCUGUGUGCGGAUAUUUUGGAGGCCCAGUGUUCAACGCGUUGGGAAACCGUUGGUGUAUGUGCCUAGGAGGUCUGUGUUACGCAAUUUACUCUGUGUGUAUGUAUAUUGUUGGUAACGUUGACAACACGGCUUGGGUUGCUCCGUUGGGUGGUGCUAUCCUUGGCGCAGGUGCCGGGAUUUUCUGGACUGCACAAGGAGGCAUGAUGCUUGCCUACUCUACACCUGAUAAUAAGGGCUGGUACAUUUCCGUGUUCUGGAUUAUCUUCAACCUUGGUGGUGUGGCUGGUGGUUUGAUAGCAUUUGGUAUUAACUUCCAUGAGGAGUCCGGUCAAGCUAACCCAGCUCUCUACUUUACGUUCAUAGGUUUGAUGUGUGUGGGUGCUUUAAGUUCAUUGAUUUUACUUGCCAACCCUCGGAAGGUUAUCAAGGAGGAUGGCAGUGCUGUGGAAGUAACUCCUGCUGGCUCUGCUAUUGAAGACAUCAAGGGUGCUUUACUGGUGGCUACGAACCUGGACAUGCUUCUGCUGUUUUGCACGUUCCUUUCAUCCAAUUGGUUCUAUACUUAUCAGCUUAACUACCUUAAUGCUUUCUUGUUCAACAUCCGCACUCGUGGACUGAACAGCACUCUGUACUGGGCGAUUCAGAUGGCUGGAGCUUACGUGGUGGGCAAGAUCCUGGACAGUGUCAAACACCGAGCUAAGACGAAUGCGCGCAACUCGUACUUCCUAGUGCAGUUCGCAAUGAUCGCUUUCUGGGCCGGUUCAAUUGCCAUUCAAUACGGCUUCGAAGGCGGGUAUGACAAGGACCGAGUCAUUACAGAGUCUGUUGACAUGUCCCAGUCUAAGAGAGCCACCGGCAUCAUCAUCCUGUUUAUUAUUUCCGGUUUUGCUGACUCCGUUCUACAAGCAUUCUCCUACUGGAUGAUCGGCGGCGUGGCUCGCGGUGAUACCACCCUCACUGCCCGAUACACUGGCUAUUAUAAAGGCCUUCAGUCCGCCGGCGCUGCCGUGGCCUGGGGUCUUGACCUUAAGGUCAAUUACCGCAUCCAAAUGUGGAUCGCCAUUGGCAUUUGGGCACUGGCCGCACUUACCUGCUACCCUGCCGUCAACCGCGUUGCGGACGCCGAGCACGCACCAAAGGUUGAAGCUGCAGAUCUUGAGGCUGCAGUGGAGGACGUGCCACGAAGCGGAAUAUCCGCUUAA